ACCUGUUUCUUUGUUCGCCUGAAAAAGGGACCACACCAAAGGCGAUACUCUUUGCGACAAUUGCUUCAACUGCCCUCGACUUAAAAUCUUGUCAAAGCUGCAAAAAACGCAACUGAAUUGCGGAAACUUGAGGUUUACAAUAUGGAUAACUCAAGUUUCCAACGGAAACCUUCAAAGUCUGAGGACAAAAACGAAAGAAAAACGGGUUUCUUUUCACCUUCCAUCAAACGCCGCAAAAGUAUAGUUGGUGAUCGAUUUAUUCCGAACAGAGACCUGACAUCUGAAUUUUCUGCAGCUUACAAUGCGCCAGAGGAAUUUCUGAGUCCUACAAAACGCAAGAAAACGCAAGAGGCGUCGGCAGACGAAACUUUUAAAACACUUUUGCGAUCGGAACUUUUCGGCAACGAUGAGGAGGAAUCUGUGACAGGAAAUACAAACAGAAGUGAAACACCAGUUCCUCAAACACCUCCCUCGUCCUCGUCGUCAGGACCUGCUCAAAACAAUGCGGGACCAUGGACUACUCCAGUAACUCCCAGCAGAAAAGUGUUUCGGUACAUGUCUCCUCGAGACCGUUCCGAACAUUCGACAAUGCGUUCGAUGUCUCCUUUUCAUGACGACCCGAGACGCAACAUUUAUUCGCUGUCUCCGGUGAAAGCUACAUCUCACACUCUUCUGACGAACCGGCAGGCACGCAAACGGGAUGUACCGCAAGUUCCCUACAAGGUGCUGGACGCACCAGGACUUCGUGAUGACUUUUACAUCAAUGUACUCGAUUGGGGAAACUGCAACAUUCUUGCCGUAGCACUUGGUUCACGCGUGUACUUGUGGUCGGCUUUGACUCGCGAAGUAACGCUGCUUACGGAUUUUGGGCCUGCCGAAACUGUUACUAGCUUAUCAUGGGUGCAGCGGGGAACACACCUUGCCGUUGGCAAGGACACUGGGGUCGUUGAAUUAUGGGAUGCAGAAACAUGUCGCCAGAGUCGUACAAUGACGGGACACUCCUCGCGAGUCGGUGUACUCUCGUGGAAUGAGCACGUUUUGAGUACGGGUGGUCGCGACACCAACAUAUUUCACCGAGACGUUCGUGCCCAGGAGCAUUACUUCCGUAAACUGGAAGGCCACCAACAGGAGGUUUGUGGGUUGCAAUGGAGUCCGUUUGGUGACCAACUUGCCUCUGGAGGCAAUGACAACGCUUUACUGGUUUGGGAGCGUUAUGAAGAACGGCCAGUGUAUCAGUUCAACCGACACAGAGCUGCUGUGCGUGGUAUAGCAUGGAGCCCGCACCAAAGAGGCCUGCUUGCUUCGGGAGGAGGCACGGCAGACCGAACCAUGAAGAUGUGGAAUGCUAGAACGGGUGCGUUCCUCCGCAGUACAGACACGGGUUCACAGGUGUGUAACCUUGCAUGGUCGAGGUUGACGAACGAGGUUGUGUCUACUCACGGCUUCAUGGAAAAUGAAAUCGCCCUUUGGGAUAGUCAAAAUCUGACUAAAGUCGGCGUUCUUCACGGUCACACCAGUCGUGUGCAGUACUUAACAAUGUCGCCAAACGGCGAGUCCAUAGUCACAGGCUCUGGCGAUGAGACUCUGCGGUUUUGGAAGCUUUUUGACGCAAAAGCUCAACCUGGUACCACCAUUGAUCAGCACAGUUUCGAUUCACUUUUUCAAAUUCGUUAAACGAGGCCGGAAUUCAUUUACUGUGAUGCUCUGACGCACUCCAAUCUAGUCAACCACGCCGGCUUUUCAACUUUUGUCAUUUACGCACAGGUUAUUUGUUUAUUAAUUCCUGGGGUUCCUUUGUUUCUCUUUCAUUCUGUACUUCAUUCUGGCCUUUCUCCUCUUUCAUUUGCCCGUUCCAUCAUGUCAUCUUCAUGGUCGCCUCUCCGUUCUUUCAUUUUUUUCCUCUUUCGUUGUUUAUGCUUAUGUUCAUCUUCAUGUUAACCGUUUCGUUUUUGUUUUCUUUCUUAUUCUAUUCGUUUUUCUUUCUUUCCUCCUUGUUCAGGAUGUGUAUUGAAAUAGAAGUUGUGCAUGUAUUCGUGUUUCAGCUACUUUUAUUAUCAUUACUCAUGCAAUUGGUUUCUUUCUUUUUCACUAAAAUUAGUCGCUGCUAUACGCUCUAUUGUCCAUUCCGCUGUCAUUGCCCUCUGGCAACACAGAACUGCCUUUUCUUCUUUCACGUCAACCAGCAGUUGCUAUUUUAGAAUUGUACAUACACACUUUCAUACGCACAUGCCAAAAGUGCAUGCUGCAAUCCAAAUCCCUCCUCCCUUUAGCGACACGCACGCGACCGUCCCCCCGUACGCACGGACGAGAGCGUAGUCGCCUUGCGUUUUAAAACAUGUGUACAUAAACUUUUCUUCAAUACAAAUAGUACUAUACAUAAUUCAUUCUCUUCUGUGCCAGUUAUGAGCAGAAUUACAGACAAUGUAGGACACACGUAUA